GCCUUUUCCAAUGAGUGAGUGAGCAAGCCAGCGAUAGGGACUGGUCCAAGGUCACCCAUUUGGCUUUCACCAGACUAGCCUUCUGGUUUCUAUCUUGGUGCCUUAGUCAUUACUUAUUAGUUACUAGUAGUUUAGUAGCAGCAGCAGUAGUAGUAGUUACUACUACUAUACGAUACUAAUUAGUCUUUAAGUGAAUUGCUGAAAAUAAGGCAAUUUUUGAAUGUCUCUCGUUUCUUGCAAAGAAUUUCCUUUAUAUAGUAACAGCAACCGCACCCCCUAGGCGUUUGGCGAGUCAAACUGGGUCUUGACCGCCAUGCUUUCCACCACCGUUCCGAGUCGCCGUCUCCCUUUUCAUCAUAUAGGGUUCUUUAUGCGGUCAUCGCGGGCACAUUCUGGCCACUGACCGAAAUAGGUUGCCAACGGCGCGGGGAGAUGGGAGCGGCGAGAGUCGUCCCAUCUAAACGCUUUCCCCGGCGUGGGCCGCCGAAGUGGAAAAAACGCGCGACCGCGACCCCAAAGCCACCAAGCCCGCACCUCCUUCCCUUUGCUCCGGGAAACUUGAUCUGGCCGAGAGCGACGGACCGCCACGGGAGUAGGAAACGACGUCGCGGCCACGGCCGAGAUGGAGAGACCGCGGCCGCCAGGAAAUGCUGGAAGGCGUCCGAGACCCGCUCAGAUGACAGCUCUUCUAAUGCAAUGAUCCAGCAGUUGCAGAAUGAAUUUGACAGCAGUGUGGAGAAAGCAGAAGAUUGGAUGAAGACCAUCCAGGAGAGGCUGAGGAUCAAUGACAAUACUAAAGGGCCUCGGUCUGCCUUGGAGGCCAGACUCAGGGACACAGAGAAAAUUUGUGCAUUGGAACCCGAAGGCCGGUUGAAAAUGGACUUGGUCCUAAUGAAAGCUGAUGCUUUGCUUCAGUGUAUCAGUGAGGAACAAAAGCAUGAAAUUUUAUCCAGGCUAAAGGAUGUUAAAGCCAUGUGGGAAGAAACAGCCAUAUACAUUACUCAUUGUCACAGCCGCAUUGAGUGGGUGUGGUUGCAUUGGAGUGAAUACUUGAAGGCUCAGGAUGAAUUUUACACCUGGCUUCACAAUAUGAAGGUGACCUUGGAACCUGACAUAGAGUUGCAGCUUGGCUUAAAGGAGAAGCAGUGGCAACUUAGCCAUGCUGAGGUCCUUCUGAAAGAUGUUCAGAAUCGGUCAUCUUUGCUGGAUCGGCUACUAGAUGAAGCCGUAUCUCUAUAUAACCGGAUUGGAGAUGCAAGUGUUGAUGAAGAAGCCAGGGAAAAGAUGAAGGAAGAAUAUGAAGAAAUCAAGAACGAAGCAGAGAGAAGAGUGAUGUUACUCGAAAAGAUAACAACAGAACACAAGCUAUAUAAGACCAACGUUGACCAGUUUCGGCUAUGGCUGACUCAGCUAACCGAAAGAUUAAACUGCUGUCUCAAUCAAGAAUCAAAACUGCCAGCAGAAAAUAGAAUCAAAGCAUUGCAGGACAUUACGAAAGAUGUAAGGAGUGGAGAAAAGAAAUGGAAGCAUCUGGAAGCACAGUCUAUAGAUGUGAUGCAAAACACCUCUCCCCUGGGGGCAGAAAAGAUGAAUGCUGAGCUUGAGGAGCUGAAAAAACUCCUGGAGAAUAUAAAGCUAGUGAGUGUGGAGGAAGAGGAGAAACUACUGAAGAGCCUCCAGUCCGAAAACACCUACCACACCCAGGCCAGGAUGCUCGAAAUUGAUGUUCAAGAAUUCCGUAAAAGGCUGCAAAGACUAGGAAACCACUUUGAAAAGGAUGAUGUUGUGAGAAGUGAUGAGGAUUUAAUUUCUCUAUGGAGAGAAUACAUGGCGACAAAGGCAAACCUUACAGCAGAAGAAUCAAAGGCUGAGAAACUGAAGAUUCAACUGAAGGAGUUGUUCAAAUUUUCACAAGACUUGCAACCUCUUUCUGAGAGUGUGAUCCAUGCCAUACGAGAACAUCAAAGUCUGAAGGGGAAAAUGUUUAAAUUGAGCACAGAGAUUGAAACAGAGUUGAGGCAGCGCUUCCAAAACCCCCUGAGGGAGUUUCAGCUGUGGAAACCAUCAGCUCAGCGACUCCUGGACACCACAGCUCACGUUUCUGAUCCUGCAUUGACAGAUGCAUUCCUGCGUCAGAUUGAGAUUUUUCUGGUUGAAAGCUCUCAUCUUAAGGAACAACUCUUGAAAGUGCAGAUGAAAAAAGAUUUCCUGGGCAAUAUUUUCAAACAGGAGACAGCAAAGUCACUCUUGGAGAAAGUUAGUGAUGCUACAGAGGAAUUAGAAAACCUGCACAAAGGGCUACUCCAGAGGAAAAGCAGGUUACAGGCUUUGGUAUCACAGCAUAAAGACUUUGAUGCAUCCUUCAAGCUUCUGCAAACACAGCUGUCUGCUCUCAGAGUUAAGUUAAAUGCAGAAAAAGAACUGCUGCCAGAUCUUAUGGGUAAAGAAGCCCGGUUGCAAAGGCUAGAGAGCAUUCAAGGACACCUGGAUGAAUGUGCAAUCCAAAUGGAAGAAAUAGAGAAACUUGUUCAGUCAGACCCAGCACUGAUGCAUAAAAUAAAACAGUGUUCUUCUGACUAUCAAACACUUAAGAGAUCAUUGGAGAUCAUGAUUGCACAAAGUAAGCAACAUAUUCAGAAGCACUGGACUUUUAAUGACAAAUUAUCAGAUCUCCAACAGUGGCUUAUCGUGACCAAACAGAAACUGGAAUAUUACUGUGAUGCUACAACUCACAAUGCAAUUUUGGACUUGGAGAGAUUGCAAACUGAGUUUCCAGGUAGAGAGAUACAGUUACAUCUCAUUGAAGCCCAUGGGCAUUUGGUUAUAAAAGACACUUCUCCAGAGGGAGCUGUGAAUAUCCAGGCCGAAAUGAAGAAGUUGAAGGACUCAUUCAAGUUUCUUGAAAACCUAAUGUCAAGGACAGCAGUUGAUGUGAAUAAGAAGAUAACCUGUUUAGAGAACAUGCGAGUCGAAAAAGUGGAUGAGCACUUACGGAGAAAAGUGGCUAGGGGGGAAGAUACCAAUGAGCUACAACUUAUUAAGAACUUUGAACAAUGGUUGCAAAGAGAAAACAACAAGCUAUCUAAAAUUCUUGCCUUGAAUCCAUCAAACAAUGAAGAGGUUGAGGCAAGAUACAGCAAGAUAAAGGAGCUUCAGCUAAGGGUCCCUGAAGGUCAAUAUCAUUUUGAAGAACUUCUCCAUCUUCAACCAGCUGGCCGGAACUGGGAUGAACUAGAGGAGUUGCGUUACCAAUGGAUGCUUUACAAAUCCAAACUGAAGGACUCCAAUAAUAUAUUGAUGACAAGCUAUUUCAAAGAACCAAACCCAUUCAGAAAGGCUCGACCAGUAAGUGCAUGUUCCUUCCUACGUCGUGUGUGCUGUGCAGCUUUACCCCUUCAGCUGCUGCUGUUGCUUCUGCUACUCCUUGCUUUUCUGCUCCCGCUAGCAGAGGAGACACACAGUUGCAAGCUCACCAACAACUUUGCACACUCCUUCAACUUAAUGCUGAGACACGACCGCCCACCACCAAUUUAAGUUCUCCUUGCCUGCAGUGCAGCUAAGUUGACUGAUUCCAUUUUUCCCAGCGGUUCCCCCCCCUCACACCCUCGCAGAUCUUUAUCUUGUAUAAGUCUUUCAAGAAUCAUGGCAACUGCUAAGGAGUCCAUUUAAACUGGAAAUUUGGUUAAAUGACCGCCAUUAUCCAAUGUACGCUCAGGCUGGAGAAAUGAAGUAUUCAUAUUUAGAGCUAAAUUACAUUUUUAAAAUAUAUGACUAUAUUUAUAUUGUAUAUAUGAUUUUUAUAUAUAUGUAUGCUUAUCAAAAAUGUCCUGACAUUGGUGGAUUUUCAACAAAUCCUACUCUUUAUUUGAGUAUGUCUUUGUUGAAAAAUAGUUUGUGUUAAGCACAAAAAUAAAAAGAAUAAUAUAAGAAGGUAUGAAAAAUGACUUACCACCCAAAGAUAGCAGCAGCCAUGUGCCAUUCUCCUUCCUGUGUUUUUACAUACAUCACACUUAAGAUUGCCAUCUGAUUGAAAAAAGGUAACUGAUUAAUUGCAUUAGCCAGUUAACUUCUUAUUGAAUUUAUAUAGUAUGCACAAUCCAGAUGUGGAUUUUCUACUCAACCCUUCCCAUUGAUCACCAUGGCUAAUGUUAAUAGGAUAUUCAUCUGACAAAAUACAGAUGUAUUUGAAGCCCUGUAUCAGAAGAUACACAGCUAAACUGGAGAAGACCUUAACUUAUAUCCUGGGAAGGGAAUGAGGGAUGCCUCUUAAGAUGCCACUUGCCUCUGUAGAUUUUUUAUGCGCCUGUAUCAGAAACAGUAUAUUUUUUUUAAAAAAAUCUACUGUUCAGUUAAUUGUAAUUGAUUACUGUUAAAGGGAGGCCCAUAACAUUUUACAUGCAAAGGAUUCCAGUUGCCAUCUAUAGCAGGGGUCUCCAACCUUGUCAACUUUAAGCCUGGCGGACUUCAACUCCCAGAAUUCCCCAGCCAGCUUGCUGGCUGGGGAGUUCUGGGAGUUGAAGUCCGCCAGGCUUAAAGUUGACAAGGUUGGAGACCCCUGAUCUAUAGCAGUUAGUUUGAAUCUCUAGAGAUUUGCUACAGAAAACAUUGCACUAAAUGGUCCAGUGGUCUGAAUAAAUGUGUCGCUGCUUCCUAUUUCCCCAUAUUCAUUAGUUAAUGUUGUCACCCUACAGAUCAUGUGUCUUGCAUUGUGGCUGUUGCCAAUAUCCUCAUCUCACAUUUUUUUAUGUGUUCACCUUACUAGCAGAAAGGAGAAGCCACUGGGGGGUUGCCCUUUGGAUCCCACCAUGAUAUAUUUUAAAUCACAUCUCAUUAUACUUAAUGCUGAAAUAUUGUGAAAAUAACAAAAUUAACAAGGGAUUCCUUGUUAAAGUCCCUUGUUAAUGUUAUAUGAUACAAAUAUACUUAGAAAUACAGAAGCAUACAGUCAUAAUUUUUUAAAAAAAAUACUUUGGAGCAACCAUUCUCUCUCAGCCCAACCCAUCUCAUACCCCUGCUCAUAUUCCCCAAGGGCAAAUAUUAAUGGCAUAAAACCCUCUGAUCUAGGGGUGGCAUAUAGUCAGCAUAAUUAAUAAUUAUUGACAAUCUUAUUUGUCCCAUCAGUUUAUCUGAUCUCUUUUAUACAAGCUGUAAGUGAUGAGACAUAGAUUCACAUCAGUGAAACGGUUCACACUGCAGAGACAACGUGAUUGAUUCCACCAAAGCUGAAGUGAAUCAUGACCCAUAUUGCCUCAAAAAACCAUUUGGGUGAUCUUCUACCGCAUUGGUCAGUUGGGAGGAGAAGAUUCUUCCCACAUUUUUCUCAAUAGGACAGUUCCCAGGAUGGGCAAUUUUUGGAUUGCCCACAUUGUACGUCAGAACUUCCUGGCCUGGAAGACCUCAGUGUGGGGGUUCUGGCAAAUAGUUUGGAUAAGACAAGCACCAUGUACUAGUGUUGCAGAGAAGACAUCACUUACCUCCUUGAAACUACAUGCAAAAAAAUAAUAAUCUGGCAGACCAUCAACCUGGGCUCCAGAUUGACUGCUCAUUACAAUCAAUCACAGUAUUCACUGAAAUAGCCAUACCAAGAAGCUUUUGAGCAGUAUAGUUGGAGAAAACUCUUUUCAGUCUUUUCCUGUAGCACUCCCACAAGGAGCUUCUCUCAGCCUUCUACCACAGACAAAGUUCUAAAGGACAGGGGUCUCCAACCUUGGCAACUUGACGACUUGUGGACUUCACGUCCCAGAAUUCCUCAGCCAGCAUGCACUGCUAAGGAAUGUGCAUGCUGGCUGAGGAAUUCUGGGAGUUGAAGUCCACAAGUUGUCAAGUUGCCAAGGUUGGAGACCCCCGCUAUAGGAGAUUGCUGAAAGGUGGUACACAAUAUGGUGGGGUAAACCAACAUGGUUGCUUUACUCUUAGAACCAUUAGGAUCACAUUGCUUUCCAAAGGUGCUUUAUGACAGGGGUCUCCAACCUUGGUCCCUUUAAGACUUGUGGACUUCAACUCCCAGAGUUCCUCAGCCAGUUUCUUAAAGGGACCAAGGUUGGAGACCCCUGCUUUAUGAAAAUCACUGUUGAAGUCAAACCUUUACAUAGCUCUACUUUCUCCAUGUUGUGGAAAGAAAUGCCAAUAUAACUACAUGUUGCAUGAAAAAGGAUUUAUGUUUGUUUAUUCUCAAUUUCAUACUAUUCAGCUAGAUUGGAUGACUUGGAAUGCUCCUAAAUAGUAAACAGGCAUUUAAAAUAUGUAUUUGAUUGUUCCCUUAUCAUAGUUAAAUCAGAGUUGGCAACAUUGUAGUUCAGAUAGAAUCGUAUAAUGUGCUUUUAAAUGUUCUGCCAAAAGGAAGAGAAGUCAACUAUAGUUUUAUGGUGUGUGUACUUUAGCUGGGUCCACACAUCAUGCUAAAUCAUAGUGUGGUUUUCUCUGGUUUUUAGUUUACCAUGUAAAUCAUGGUUUGUGGCUUGGCACAAUUGGUUUGUUCAAACAGCAUUGUUAAAAAAUUAAACAGCCAUGAUUUUCUGCACGGUCAGUUUCUAUAAAUAAUCAGCUUCCUGUUCCAGUUAGAUAACCGAAUAGAGGACCCAUUAAGGACUUCUUAAAUCAUACAAAAUAUUAAAUGUGGUUGAAUAUGGUACGGAUAGUGCAGCUGGAACCCUGAGCCCUAAUAUGAAUCUGCAAAGGCACUCCAUUAUAUCCAGGAGAUACAUAAAAAGAAGGGUGGGUGGACAGAAUAGAGGAGAGGGGCGAUGGGGGGAGGAAAAUUGGCCAGCACAAAAGUAUAGUCCUGAGAUGCUCUCAUAAAAUGAUUCCAUUAGUUCAAAAUGUGGCUGCUAGCUUUCCAACAAUUCAGUGGACCUCUGCCUUUCCCAAUAACAUGACAGAUGUGUAGAGGUUAAUGUUUUAUCUCACAGAUGUGAAAAGCUUCAUCUGCCAAUUUCUAUACAUCAAGUAGAGGAGUACAAGAGAAGACUGGGCUAAUUUGUGUUUAUUUUAUUUGUACUUCCCCCUUUAUUAUUUUUAUAAAUAACGCAAGUUGAACAUACUGUAUUUUUCUGAGUAUAAAACACACUUUUCCCCCCACAAAAGAGAGUGAAAAUUUGGGUGCGUCUUAUACAUCAAGUGUAGUCCCACCUUUCGGCCUCUGCGCAUCCUCUCAAAUGGAGCCUCUCAAACAGAGAGCUUCUCAAACAGCCUUCAAAAGGUCCGUUUGAGAGGCUGCCUUUGCAAAGAGAAGCUCCUUUGCAAAUGGAACUUUUGGAGCUUCUGGAGGCUGCAAAUGCAGCCUCUCAAACAGAGAGCCUCUCAAGCAGAUUUUUUUUUCUUAUUUUCCUCCCCUCAAAAUAAGAUGCAUCUUAUAAUCUGAAAAAUACUCCUCCUCCCUCCUAUUUUCCUGACAACAACCACCCAGUGAGGUGAGCUGAGCUGAGCGUGACUGGCCCAAAGUCACCCAGUUGCCUUUCAUGCCUAAAGUGGGACUAGAAUUUAUGCCUUCCUGGUUUCUAGUCUGAAGACUUAAUCACUGACAAAACUUUUUCCAGCUCUAGGCAAGACUCUGUUUUCAGGGUCAUAGGGUAGGUUGUGUCAGACUACAGACUGAUAUAAUUGGCAAGAUGCAAAAUUACACCUGCAAAACAAUGUUAGCCUUCUAACCUGUUGCCAAUAUUACUCCAAGAAAAAAAAUCCUUCUGCAGUUUGAGUUGCUCCCCCAACCCCUAUCCCCCCAGAGCAUGAAAAAAAUGUCUUGUGCACAAUUGUGCAACAGAUCCAAAGUCUCCCUACUUGUCUCUGUAAGUUUCCUAGAGUCCAGAAAGCAAAAGUAUGAUUUCUCUCCCAACUACAGCUAAAAGUCAGAUCACAAAGAAGCAGCUAAUUGAAUGUAGGAAAAAUUGUGUCCACCUGACUUCAACCCUAAUUCAAGGAAGAAGCUAAUUUACCUCUUACUGCCGAUGUUUCAGUAAUUCCCUAGGUAACACAGCUAUUGCAGUGAAUGUUUUGCUUAAUGUAUUAUGUGGUUUGCAAACCAUGAUUUCUGGUUUACUAUGUUGGCCAAAGCUAUUUAUGUUUUAUUCAGUACACCACAACUGUGGCUUAGUAUAUGUGAGUUCUCAGCUGAUGUCCCACACACAUCUUUUAGUAAGGUUUUCUGCAAAGGAAAGUCCCAGAUAUUCAUAUUAUGGGAUUGUAUGGAUCUCCUGUGGAAAAUAAUGGUUGCAUUCUGUGAAUAUGUGCCAUCAAAGGCCAUCUGGGGAGGGAAAAAAAGCCUUAUAUGGCUCUCCCUCCCCUUUGUACAAAGCUUGUGUUUGCAAGAAGACUCACUGUAUCCAUUGUUAGCAACAACAACAACAAGACCAGCUGCAGCACAUUCAGUCCGAAGGCUUAGAGUCUAGCAAAAGGGGUAUUACUAGUUCAUUCGGCAAUUCCAAUCCUUUACCUUAAAUAAGAAAUAAGUAUUGAAAUGCAGGAGCCCACUGAAAAAUGGGAAUUGGCCACUCUUCAGUGCACAUUAAUCUAUAAUAUCUCUUACAGCCUGUUACUCUUUGGAAGGAUUAUUAUUAUUGGAGGUAGACUUGGAUAGAUUAUUAUUAUUAGAGGUAGACCUGAACUUAGACAUCAUUCAAAUGAGUUCAGGUAUUUUUCUCUCCAAUUUUGCAUGGAGAUGCAUUUCUCCUUUAUAACUCAGAAUAUUUAUGGAGAUAAUAUUGCAUUUCCUGAAGUUCCAUGGAAUGCAAACAUAUGAAAGCUGAAAAGCAAUGUUUGUAUCUGAUUUGUUAUUUGCCAUUUAAUCUAUGUUUGGAAUGCUAAAUCCUUUUCCAGGAUGCCUGCUAGUUGAAUAAGCAAACUGCAUGAACAAUCCGAUAUAACAACUGAUUCCAGUCUUGGGAACAACAAAAGAGAAAAAUGUCAUUCUGCUUCAUAUCCAUGUAUGGUUCCAGUCAGCUAUUCUGACUUUAUUAAAUAUUAGUGAGGCCAAAAGUUAGAGUGAAGAAAUUGUGCUUUCCUCUAUGAAAACACUCUGAAACAACAUACUGUAGUUUGGCUUGCAUGUUCAGGAAGGUUGACAAAUGUCCUCUUGACAUUUUUAUUAACCAUUCUCUCUUAUUAACUACAUAGUUGGUAAAUGUUGGUCCAUACCACCAGGGGGUGCCAGGUUGCCUAUCUGUGACAGGAGAUUCCUCUCUGCUUCUCCACCGUUUGUAUUCCUGUCUAGCCCGUCAUUUUGACAUAGAAGCAAGUUAGUUACGGACUGCAUGCAUGCCUCAAUUUUUUAUUCUGUAUAAUGUCUGGCUUAGUACUUUUCUGACUUUGGCUGACAUUGAAAAAACAAGCUGUGUUUGAUUUGAUUAGUAGUUGGAUAGGAGACUACCAAGGUUGUGAACUAGACUGUGAAGUCAGAAACAUUCUGGGUGAAAGCAAUUGCAAACCAUUUCCGUAUUGCUGUAAAGAAGCAUACAUUCAUAACGUCAUCAGGAGUUGAACUCAACUGAAAGGGGGCUUUGUAUAUCUACAUCCCUCUGGCAUACCAACUCACAGAACUUAAAGGCUAAUUCAGCUGUUAUAAGACAAGGCUUUGGGCAGUAACAUUAUUUUUCUGUGAAAAUGCUUUUUGCUUUUUUCAUAAAUUUCAUCAAGUCUCACUCAGAUCUGCAUAAUACUCCCUGUGCACCUGCUAAAGUGGAAGAUAUUACACUUAUCAUUGUUUAUAGCAGUGAGACCAGCAUUAAAGAUUAAACUUCCCCUUUUAAGUUAUUAAAAUAAACUUUUCUUCAGUGCCAAACAAUACGUUUUGAGCGUGCAUGUGUCGAAAUGAAUCUGACCUGCACAAAUGCACAGAUGGACCUUAUUAAAUCAUGGUUUCAUUAUCUGUGGUUUUAUGUAUCUGUUAAAAAGAGAUCAGACUUCAGUGGUAACAUUUUUCACAUACCUGUGGUUUGGGACCGUUUUCUAAAACUAUGCAUAUAGCAUGCAAGAUCAUGGGCAAACUUUUGUGUGUGCAGAAAGUAUAUUUUUUUCAAGGCCUCAUUACCUGCAGCAUCAUUAUCCACAGUUGCUAAACUGGAUUUGACUCUUGAAAAUUUCCCAGUAGAAAGAGGGAAUCCCAUUAUUUCCUCCACCUAUGCCAGUAGCACAUUACCCCAAAAUCAGCUGCCUUUCUUACUUUAAUUUCCACAUUAAACUGGUAAGGCAUCAAGGUGCCACAGCUUUUUGAAAUUCUGGUCCUUCCCCCGCCCCACUCCCAAAUUUCUUAAAAGAAAAUUCAGAUGUCCUUACUUGGUUUUGGACUUUUUAACACUGUGGAUUAAGAGCAACAGCUGUUCUGCACAUAAGCUGCUUCAAAUGAUUUAAGCAGAGGACUGAAGAUUAGAAUCCAGAGCUCUGAAGCUGCUGAAAUGCACAUCACUUUAUUGCAUUACGCCAGUAUAUUUUGAUGUUCAACUUCAUUCAUGUCUGCUUGUUUAAAAUCUAGAUAUGGUUGGCCUUCUAGUCACAUUAGUUGUUAGUUAUUAACACACACACCCCUCUGUUGAUUAGCGUGUCAUUUUCAAUAUUGCUAAGACUGACUUCCAUUUAUUGCUUUACUCCUGCAGAAUUAAAUCUACAUUUUAAAAGUUAGCUGUAAUGUGUAUAUUGUAAAUGGAAUAUGCAAAUAGAUCAACUGUUUCUCUACCAUGCUUCUACAGUAUAAAAUUUGAAAAGGCUUCUGCUACUAUCUUAAUUUUGGAGAGGUGAAAAAAAAUCUAUUUUUCAAGCCACCUUGCUCUUUUUAAAAUGAGCCUUCAUUUUGUUUAAUUUAAAACUUACAUGUUUACUAAAUAAUUACCAGAUGUUCCUGAAGGGUAAGGUUUACCCUUAAAACAUAGGAUUUGAUCUGUACUUUGAACAGCAUCCUCAUAAUUGUAUGUUGGAUUCACAAGACAAGCAACCUAUUGUUAAUCUCUGUAUAUCAAUCAAAAGGGCCAACACCCAUCACAUAUUUAUGUCAAUUACUUCUUAUAAGCAGCUGCAUAUUACUGGUGAAGGUUACAAUCCAAAGAAAAAAAUAGGUGCAAGACUUUAACAGGAAUAUCAGAAGUGAAAGCCAUACAACUGAAAGCAGCUAAAAAGAAGGCAGUGAUUCUUCUUAUAUAUCCAAGUAUUCAUUUUGCCCCAUUUCUGUUUUUACCAUACAAGGCUUUUUACAGAAUUUUGGAAUCAGUAUUAAAAAUAAUGCUAACAAUGUAUUUUUUUUCUUGUUAUUAAAAAUUCUCACCCUUUUUUUCUUAAAAAAGUAGAGCCAGAUUUGUAUCAGAGAACUUAAUAUUGGAACUAAAACACAAGGGUGUUUGGUUUGCUGAAUAUGUUUAGUACAUUCUGAGCCAGGUUAUCAGAAGAACGUUGAGCUCACAGGCCUUUUAAACAACAACAACAACAAAAACCCCACUUUCUGCUUACAUGAAGUUAUUUUUCAUUAUAGCAAUUUAAUUCAGGUGGAACAAAGUCACAUUGCUGCUGCUAAUAUUUGGAAAAUAGAAACACUUGCCUAUCUAUUGUAAAUGAAGGGAUCUAUUAGUGUAAAGGUAUCAAACUGGCGGUCCACGGGCCAGAUGCGUCUUGCACAGGCCACGCCCAUCUCCGGCUCUGUGAAUGGGAAAAACAUCACGAACAUCACACAAUGGCCAAGUGACGCAGCGGGUUUGACACCCGUGUAUUAGUAGAACCCAUGUACCUUCUAUCUAAUUCUGCUAGAAAUGACCUCAUUUUCAUGGUUGUUGUACCAUUUAAUUAUAGGAUGGAGAGACUUUUUGGGUAGAUAAAGGUGAUGUUUGCAGCUUGUUGCCUUUGCUGUAACGAAGUCUUUACUGCAAGAGAUUAUGUUUACAAGCAAAAUCUUCUUCAGCCAGGUCUUCUUCAAAAAUUUUAUUCCAACACAUACUCCCUAAUUAUCAUAUCCAGAAGGCACAAAGAUGUAGAGGCUAAAUCAAUAUCUCUGAAGCAAGCUCAUAGAAUUGCUCAGUAGAGAUUCACCAGGGUUUUGUUUCUGGUGGAGAACAAAUAAUUAUCCCUCAUAUGAUUGCUUUUCCAAGCUCCAUGAAACUGGUCUCUAAUGUUCAUUGUUGUUGCAAACUGUUUCAACUCUCUGUUGAUUCUUUUGAGCUUCAACCUCAGUUUCUGAAAGCUGAAUUUGAGAUUUCCUGUGAGUUGCUGGAAAUCUAUGAAUAAUAUCCCAUAUAGGAAUCUUCACACAAAAGGAUCUUUAUCCCAAAUGAAAAAAGCAAUCACUGUGCUAGCUGCCUGGAGUAACAAGAAUUUAUAACAAGCUUUUUAUAAGCCGUGGACAAAUGGUUUUAUUCCAUUCUCCUCAUUUCUUACCUUUGGAGCCUGUACCCACAGAUUUACUAAUCUAAGCAUACCAUAUGUCAACUCCAAUAAGAUUUAAACACUGCAGGCUUUGGAGUGGUCUGCAAACACACAUAUCUCUUUGCUCUGUAAACAUAAUUUAAUGUUACUGGGAUCUCUAUAUAAUAGCAAGUGUGAUAAUUGUACUGUUUUUAAAAUGGUAACAUUCCACUCCUCUAUAAUUUUUGCAUGCAGCUUUUAGCAAGAACAAAGAGGGAAUGCUUUCUAGGAAAGAAGAAAAGGUGCUUACUCAAAUUUCCAGUUCUGCUAAUGCCUUUGUUUAUGAAAGAACAUUACAUUCUCAUAUGUUCAUAUAUAUUUUUUGUCUUAGAAUCUAACUGGAUGUGAUCUUUUUGUUAUAUCAGUUUUGCUUCCUGAUGUUUUAAUCUGAAUACUGUAUCACUCUGAACUUAAUAUGGAUGCUAAAGGUUUUAUGCAAAAAUUAUCAGGGAUCUUCGCUCAAAUGUAUACAGCAAACUGGUUGCUUUGUUUAGUUUUGUUUAGGGGUUUUUUUUCCUUACCCUUUACUCAUUUACAUUAUGGAUGUUCUGUACAUGUAAACUUUUUAAAAAAUUAAAAUAAUUUGAAUGGCUUCAAAGAAUCAUGAAAUAAAUUUCAUGAUAUAUGAUGUAUGAAUGUAUAAUAUGAAAUAUGAUUUGAAGAUUUGGGUUACAAUUUCCUCCUUAAUUUUGCAACAUUGCAUCCACGAUUGGCAUUCUAAGAUAUAACAGCUUAGAAGCAAUCACAGAGAAUUAGCCAUUCAUUUUAGAACCUAGUCUAAAGUUUUCCAUUUGCAAAACAUCUCGAAUAGGUGUGGAGGAGAAAUUAAUGCGAGUUACUUUAAUGCAAACUAAUAUAAUUAUAUUUUUCUAGCAAAUAUGUAAAUGAAAGACAAAUAUUCUUUGAAAUGUGUAAUUCCCUAAAUUUUGAAAAGCAAGUUGUCAGUAAGAAUGCAUAUUGUUAAAAAUUUUUUAUAAAAAUGCAUAUAUUUAGAAAAAUAAUGUAUAAAAUGUGUCCAAUCAGGGCAAAACAGUUCAGUAUAGAACAGAGGUCUCCAACCUUGGCAACUUUAAGCCCGGAGGACUUCAACUCCCCACCCAGCAAAGCUGGCUGGGGCAUUCUGGGAGUUAAAGUUGUCAAGGUUAGAGAUCCCUGGUAUAGAAUGUAGAUCUUUAAAGUCACACAGCUAAAUUAUGCCAUUAAUCUUUUUUAUUGUAUCUGAUGAAAUUUUGUCUAAAAUUAGUCUUCUGGAUAUGCUUUAUGAUACCAUAAGCAACUUCAGUGCUUUCAGAUCAUGUAUUAUGUGUCUAACACAGAAUCUUACAGGAGAUCCAGAUGAUUCUGUUUUCUGCUUGCAACCCUCUUUAUUGCUCUACAAUUCCUUCCCCCCCCCCCAUUUACUAUCGAAACUGUUGAGGAGAGAAAGGUGGAAUAAGUAUUCAAAGCUAUUUAAUAGCAGUAGUCCAUCUGGAAGCACUUAUGAUUGUUUUAGGUACAUCAGUUAAACAUAAUUACCGCUCAGGACUUUCUGAAUUUAAUGAAUGUGGAACAUCCGUGGAUGCAAUUAUGAAUAGGACUGUAAAUUCUAAAACUCUGAGACCUGUGUGAACAUCUCAUGUAUUGCGCUAUAGUACCCAUCAAAGUAACCAACAAACCAUAUAUCAAUGUUAAUCUCAAGGCACAGACCACUGUCCCAGUGGUGGGAUUCUACCGGUUUGGACCAGUUCGGGCACACCGUUAGCACCGACUUUCAGCCAUGAGUGAACUGGGAGUCGGGCUGUUCUCCAAAGCACCUGAGGGUAGAACAAGAAGCAAUGGGUGGAAACUGAUCAAAGAAAGAAGCAACUUAGAACUAAGGAGAAAUUUCCUGACAGUUAGAAUAAUUAAUAAGUGGAACGACUUGCCUUCAGAAGUUGUGAAUGCUCCAACACUGGAAAUUUUUAAGAAAAUGUUGGAUAACCAUCUGACUGAGAUGGUGUAGGGUUUCCUGCCUGGGCAGGGGGUUGGACUAGAAGGCCUCCAAGGUCCCUUCCAACUCUGUUGUUAUGUUAUGUUAUGUUAUGACUUUGAAGUGGGCCCACCCGGCCACCCCUGUGUUAUACUCACCUAUAUUUUUGUUUCCCAAAUCCAGCUUAUCAGUGCUGCAGAGUGGAUUGCCGUGCCUCAGCUGUUUUUCUUGCCAGCUGUAAUGCAGAAAGUGACUUUUCUUCUUCUGCAUUGUAUGCGUCAGGCACGUGUGUGCUUAGCGAACCGGUUGUUAAACCGGUAGGAUCCCACCCCUGCACUGUCCCAUGCUCUUUUAGGGAAUCUUUUAACAGGAACUGCCCAAUAUACAGUAAAAUAACUUCAUGUUAAACUUAAGUAGCUCAAGUUAAGAUUGGCAACUCUGAAGCUGAAGCCAAAUCACAUGUGUUGCUCACCAUUAGUAUUUUUAUUGUAAUAAGAAGUAACAUUCUGUUUCUUUCUCUCUCUUACUAUCAAGUGCAAAUCUAAUGCCCAGGGAAACUUUUCCAUGUAUAGUAAUGGGAUUAUACCACUGAAAGGAAAGGAAAAACGCAGGAAGGUUAUCAUUAUUUGUCCCAGAAUGAAAAUAGUGUGUCUGUAUAGGCUUUCAUAAUUUAUAAUUAAACUGAUAAUGCUUUCUUUGUUUUUCUGCUUCCAGGCAGAACUGGAAACUACUCCAGUCAGACUUUGUGGUCACUUGUUGCCAAAUAUUAUAGAUAAUAAUGAGCUAGAAGAGCCAACAGGUUAGACUUGAUUUAAAACAGCCUCCCAUAUUUCUUGAACACAUUAAACUACAUUGUAAACUAUAAGAAAAAAAGAAUACAAGAAUAAGAUCUUGUAUUGUUUCCCAGACAAAUUGUUUUCCUAACCCAGAUCUUUUUUUUAAGCUCUCUAGAGUCCUGAAAAAUCUUGCUCAACAUGCCUCUGGCAUCUUGACUUGGAGAUGCCAGCAUAUCACCCAAAAAAAUUAUAAUACCUAGGCCCUUCCGAGUCAUCAGCAUUACAAGUAACAUCCAGAUAAUUAGUGUAACCUUGUAGAUCUGCUCUGUCUUUGCUUUCUACUUUUCUGAAAAAUGAACUCUGCACAUAAUCCCACUGCAAAAAGGUUCUAAAGGAGUUGUUUGAAUCAUUGGGCAUUUCUGGAGCCCCUUCACACCCAACAACAGUUCUCAGAGUGCCUUGGUUGUUGCAAGUUGGUUUCAUUUUCUAGUAUUGAAGAUGCAUUGCACAAAUCAGAUUGCUGGUCUGGAGUUUUCGGCGUAAAUCAAGGUUCAGUAAAACAAUCCAGAUGGUGGAAGGAAGCAUUCAUAUUCCCUCUCUUACCUCAAGAGAGAGGCAAGAAGAUGCCCUGGGAUAUCGGGCAAACUGUCUGUUCUGUGCCCAUUACCAACAUUUUAAUCUUGAGUCAACUUAUUCAACAUACAUACUAUAAAGCUCACUUUCUCUCUACUGUCAUAGGAUAUAGUUUUGAAAUGCAUUUGUAGAAAAUUAGGCUCAUUUUAAUGAACCCAGAUUUCUGCCUCAUUUCCUCUACAUGUGCAAAUUUAUCGCCAUUUAUACCUGCACUACUUAAUUUUGUGAAGCAAGCCUUUUCCUUCCAUCUCUGGCUUUCUAAAUAAAAAUGCAGACCAGCCUGAUUUCUUCUUCAAAACCUGUUGUGCACUUUUCUUCUAAAAAGAAAUAAUAAUCCUCUGUAGCUGCAUUUAAUAAAACUGGUAUUUUUGUACAUGGCUUACCUACUGUAUGUUUGGGAAUUGUAAAAAUGCAUUUAUUUUUAUUUCAAUAAAUACCUGACGGUUUGUUA